AGUAAAGUAUUAGGAAACCUCCUAAUUUUACGAAUUUUCUAACUCUCGAACUUCUUCCAUUGCGAGAUGUAAACAAUCCCCUAGCAACAUUGACUUCCGGUAUCAGAUAACCUUACAAAAAUGUGAAGUUUUCUUGAUCAAAACAAGUUUAUAGGAAAUUUUGUGUAAUGCAGCAGUGAAGGAAAAAUGUCAAAAGCUGCGGUAUCAAAGUCAAGAGCAGACAAAGCAGGAAAGCUUCCAACUGCACAGACCCCAGUUGUCUCCCAUGAAAUAGUACCAGGGAAAUUCAAUGAUCAUGACUGGAAUUUAAUGCUAGAUCGUGAUGGUGCUGACGAUUUUGUCGAGGAUAUUGUAGGUGAUUUGAUAGGCACUACACUAGAUAACUGUUUAGACCUUUUCAUACAGAAGCAACUUAUACCGUUCACUGUGUCAGAAGCUACAGAUGCUCUACUGAGUAUCAUUGAGUGGAGGUUUUUAACCAGGGAUGAUGGUGAAAAGGACCCUGCCUCAGAUCCUGGCUGGAUACAAGAUGAAGAACCUGAUCCAGCAGAGACAGAUUGCUGGGCUCAGGGUUCAGUGCCCAGGACGCUCCUACCAAGCCCAGUGCCAGAACCAAUCAUAGAGGAACCAGAAGGGAACCAGGAAGAGCUUGGGGAAGAAGAAACAGCAGAAAAAGAUGUGGUUUUAGAUGAGGAACCUGAAUUAGAAGAUCAGGUAUCGGAGGAUGAGGCUGCCGAGAAGGAAGAGGCAGAGAGACUCGCUAAGGAGGAAGAAGAAAGAAAAGCAGAGGCGGAGAAAAAGAAGAAAAGAAAGUUCAAGCCAUACACAGGACGUAUGCGUUCUCCUGGUUUCAAUGUCACAGAAUCCCUAGAGCAGACAGAGAUGUCCUUGCUUACACAAGAGAUAAUGGCCAGCAUGCCCCCACCACCACAGGAAAAACUGACAGGGCUUAUCACAAUGCCUGCAUCAUGUCACUCUAUACUCAAGGUGCAAGCUGGUCGACCUCCAGGAAAUAAAGAUGUUGAAUAUGACGAUUAUGGAAAUGUUGUAGCUGUUAUCAAACUGAAUCCAGAAAGACUUCCAAAUCAUAGAAUAAAGGUAAAUUACCAAGUGGUAGACCCUGCAGUAGAGGCAGCACAAGCUCGACUUGAUGCCAUGAAAACGGGAAGAUAUGUAGCACCCAGACCAAAACGAAAAGUACAGAAGAAAGACGAAACUACUGAAAGCUUUACUGAAACUAAAAGUCAAGUUCCAGCUAAAACACCACUGCCCCCACCUAUGAUCGAGACAAUGGAAAUAGCACCAGGUGUAUCUAUAAAAGAAGGUGGAAGAGUUAAACAGGGACCAUCUAGGUACAUUAGACGAGUAGACAUGAUGAGUCAAACACAGAAGGGGCUAAAACCAGUUGCAGUCUCCCAAAACACACCACGGUUAGAUGUUUCUGAUAUAUUAGACAGACAUACGCCCAUUCUGCGUCCCAUACACGAUAAUUCUCCACUACCACCUAUAAUGGCAAUACCACAUCCUCCAGAAAAGCCGAAGAUCUCAACGUGAGGCAAAGUGCUUACUUGUAAAGACAUUUAAAAAAUUUGGAUUAACUGAUUGGAUGCAGUUUUAAGCGAGUGUAAAACUUUGAGAUGAUAAAGAGCAUAAAAAUGAGAAGAAACAAGCUGUGUUGUAUGUUAAUCAGUGUAUAUGAUGAAACCCAAAGCAGUAAACAUGUGAUGAUAUAAAUGUGAACAUUAUUAAAGUUUGUGGAAAAAAUGAUUUCUUGAAAAUAUUUUAGAUACAGAUAAAAAUAAAUAUUACCAGCAAAACACAGUUCGUAUAAUGAAACUACUGUUGAAACUCAGUGGCUAGAACUGGCUUAUCUCAAAAUUCUGCCUAUCUCAAAAACAUUUGCAAGUUCCGUGCCAAAACACAUGCACAAAAUACCAUUGGUUACCUCGAAAUACAACGCUCGAUCCCUUGGAAUUCGAGAUACCGAGUUUCAAUCGUAUUUAAUAUAUCAAGAAUACAAAUGAGUCCAGCAGGUAGGAUAUAUUUCAAGGAACUGCUCAGUCUUUCAACAAGGUCAUUUGAAUCUGUCUUACUCCUUAACUGAAGUUUAAGUGUAUUUUAUUUUUGUUUAUAAGUUUACUCUGGAAUAACAAACAGAAGUUGUCGGCAGUCUUCAAAAAUAUUUCAUUGAAGUAUGUUAGUUUGUUGAGAGCCAUUGUUUAUUUGUUUUUGUUUAAAAUAGAAUUCUGUUUUUUAAGAGUAAAAUUUAUUAAAAAUUGUGCUCCUUUAUAGCUGAAGCAACAAAAUUUUCAAUAUCAUUAUAUAUAACUAGUUAAAGGCAUUUAUUUCUUCAUUUGGAGAAAAUGUUCUCUAUCAUUUAACCGUAAGAAAAUCUGUCUCUACAUACAUUUAUUUCAGAUGUAAUUGACACUUCUCUCUGAGUUUUUUCUGUAAAGUGGUCAUAUUUCUGCAUGUGGAGGUAGGGAUGGUGGGGGGACUUAUUUCCAUGGACUUAACGUGUGUGUCAAUCAACAAAAACGUGUUCCCCAUAGGAAACUGUUUUGAUUCAAACCACAAUUUCAUGGCCAUUAAAUUAAAUGCUUUCACAGUAACAUUGUUACCCCAUGUACUUAAAAUUUCUAAGCACAAUUGUCCUAAGAGAAUCAGAUAUUCAAGGUACUAGAUUUUGCAUCUUUGACAUUUGAUGCACAAUAAGGAGCUGCAGUAGAUAGAAGACAUCAUGUUGGCAUUGUCUAAAGUCUAUUGUAUGAAAGAAAACGAUUCGCAUAUUUGUAUGCCAAUUCUUUAUUAUAUUUCAUAUUCACAAACUUAAUUUUUGUGAUGUAUUUCAUAUUCACAAACUUAAUUUUUGUGAUGUAUUGUCUGUGAUAGUGUAUUGUCACAUGUACUAUUUUCAAAUAUAUUGUUCUUUUAUGAACCAAAGUUAA